AUACUGCAUGCUGAUAUCAGAGAGAACUCACAGCCAUGGACCAGAGCAAGAGUGUGCUGCUGGACACCCCACCUGUGUACUCAGAGCUGCUGCCUCUCCCCCGUAUCCCAUGUCUUGGCGGUGGUCUUAAGAAGCUUCUGUGCGUGGUACUGGUGGUGGUGGUACUGGUUGUGGUUCUCCUUGGGGUGCUCUUGAUGGGACUGCAUUUGAGCCAGAAACACACGGAGACGAUUUUCCAGAUGUCCCUGCAUGACAGAGAAGAUACUGGGCUGCGAGCUGGUGGGGUUGCGACCUUUCACCUGGACACAGGCAUCAAUACUUCAGCCAGUGUUGUCUAUGACUACAGCAAGCUGCUGAUCUGCAUGCGCCCACGUCCCGGACACGCGUGUUACAUCACACAUAUGGAACCAGAACGCAUACAAAGUCUUCAGAGUAUUGCAGAAAAUGUGCUGAGCAAGGUUGGAUCUGAGGCUGCCAGACAGAGUGACCCCCUUAAGCUGGUGAGCGACCCUUCUCUGCUGGGCAUUACCAUCCGUGUGCUGUGCGGGGAUCUGCCUGUGUACUGGACUUAAUGGACUCUCCCGUUGCUGUCACACAGGCAUCCAGUGUAAAGUUUGACCAUGAUAUGUGUCCUACGUACAGUACUCCUCUACCUGCCCUUCCCAGACACUGCCAUACUAUGUAACCUACAUGUACAGCCUCUAUACCUGGCAUGCCAACAUAUCGUCAUACCAUGUUAUCUACAUAUUUGGGCACACUCUGCCAGCAUUCUACCUGUUAUUUCCAGGUACUAAACGACUGCUGACGAAGCCUAGAACACACAUAUACUGUAAAUGCAAGGCCAGCCAUUUGUACAAUCAUUAUGCCCAAUGUCAUUUCCCUUCUACAAUAGAUAGCCCUGUAUCUGCUAACUACACACAUACAAACAACAUAUUGUUACCACCACACAGGGAGGCUGAAAUGGGAGCAGAGGAAAACAGAGCAGGUAACUGCAUCUUGAUAAAAACCAUCUUGCUCUGCCGGUUGGGCCGAUGUAAAAUGUGCUGGGAUGUUGAGAUUGAGAGGGGGCGUGUCCAUACCACAAUCCACACCAACCAAUCCAAUGGUCACAUUUAUUAGUCUGAAUACACCGGGCUGGCAAACACUGACACCUGAUUGGUUACUACAGUACCAUUUUAUAAAUACAGCCAUUGUACUGCUGGAUCUGUCACAUCUGAUGUACAUCAUUCAACUGCCCAUCAUUUAAUUUCCUCUCACUUCUAUGUAUCCCGUCUCCUCUUUAUUCUGUUAUUGUCCCAUGAGAUUUGCUAACCUCCUCAUGCUGCAUUCAUGCCUGUACAUUUAAUGUCUUUCUCCUAAUGUCUGAAUGUUCUUAUGGAAACCUGUCAAGUUUUUUUUAAAUAAAACUUUCAGCAUUCAACAUGU